AUGAAUGUCUUACUACGUAUUUCGUUAUCGAUCUUGAUUUUAACCGUUUUUACUCAAUACUGUUUGGCUGACACUACCGUCAAACCUACAGAAAAACCUGUCGAUUGUAGAAAGUACAACGGCAGUUGUGGCGACUGCGUUGGUACACAUCACUGCUACUAUUGCGGCUCUAGUAAAGUUUGUUGGAAAUACGACCCUACUAUUAAAAAUUUUAUCCCGCCUGAAAGCCAAUGUGCUAAAAAUGACUCCUUCCUUGGACAGUGCUUUUUUUCUACUCUUGUUCUAUUGAUCGCUGUACCUACAACAGCCGGUGUAUUACUGAUCGCCCUUGGCUGUACCAUUUAUUAUUGUUGCUGUCGCAAUAACAAGCGCAAAAUCCAGCGUGAUCAAGCACAAUUCCAGGCAGAGUUGGAUCGAAGAAAAGAGGCAUCGGAUCGACGAAAAUCUGAAAGGCAAGCGAAACGUGACGACAUUCGACGCAAGUAUGGUUUGUUCAAAGAUGGUGACGAUUCAAUGUAUUCUAGAAUGGCCUAA